CCUCCAAUCCACAACCAUGAGCGCACCAAAGACCGGCUUCGUCUCGUCCUCGGGCUCGCUCGUCCAGAAGCCCCUCACAUCGAGGAUCUACGACGCUGCGCAGGACUAUGUCGAGAUGGCCUAUCUCUUCUUUGACACGCUCGUCACGCCAUUCCUGAACCCCAACUCGCGCGAGCUCGACCGCACGAGCCAGAGGCCAUCCACUGCCUACCGUCCUAGCGGAGGAAACGGCGGUGGUGGUGGAGGAGGUGGUGGCGGCGGUGGUGGUGGUGGUGGUGGAGGCGGAGGAGGCGACGGAGGCCGUCGUGGCGGCGGCUUCAUGACCAUGGGAGACAUCAACACCCCAACUGUCAACGCCUGCCGCGCGACCUGUGGCUAAACCAACGGUUCCAGCGGUUGCCAACCAACCCACAUGUCACCACCACCGAACCCCAACGUUGUAACUUUCGAGACGAAGAUGCAUUUUGCACACGCAAGGCGCUGCAAAUCAAGAUAAAACUAAU